AUGAAUUCGCGGUUGGUAUUAAUCUUGGCACUCGCAUCUAUCUUGUAUAUUACACAUGGAGUUUCGUUGGACGAAGUCAACGAUUUGGAUGAUGGCAACAGAGUAAGUUCUUCAAGUUUUUGAUGUUUUUAGGUGGUCGUUGAAGCUGAUAAGGUUUUUGAGCUGGCUGUGCGUUUUUUGUCGAAAAUGGGAGGUUUGUCGAGAUUUUUAUGUUAUCUAUGAGUGAGUUGGUGAAAUUCGAGCUUUUGAUGGUGAAGAUGUUUGAAUAUAAGUCGUUUUUGGUUAUUAAAAGUUGGCAGAGAUUCUGUUGGAAGUUUUUAUGGCAAUUUAGAUUUGUUUUACCUAAAUUAGAGGUUUUUUUUGAGUAUUCUUAAGCUGAUGUUAUUCUUGAGGGUGCAUUUUACAGUUUCAACCGGAAGAUGGCUGGUUAAAUGGGAUAAUUGGGUAAUAAUAAUUGUGUUAAAUCUUGCUACAGUUUUUAUGGUAUUUUUGAUUUGGUUUAGUUGGUUUUAUAUGAUGUUUUUGCUUCAGUUUUCCUUGAUAUUGUCUAUGUUAUAUGAAGAAGAUGAAAUUUUUUAUGAAACUAGGCGUUUCAUUGAUCAUUAUUGUUCAAACUAGUAACGUUUUUAUUUCAGUAUGCUCUGAAUGAAGUUAUUGAAUCGCUGCGAGUGGCUGGACGUAGCAAUGGAGGAUUCACCAACAACAUCUACGAAUUCGAAGGCAGUGGCGAGGAAAGCAGCUCAGAAUUCGAGGAAUCUGGCGAAGGAAGCGGAGAAAAGUCUUCUGGAGCUUCGAGUGAGGAAUUUGGCAUUGAAUCGUCAACAUUGCCUCGGACUUUCUCGCGUGUUCGCCGGGCCAAAGCGUUGGAGAACUUCUACUACCUGCCUUCGAGAGGAUGA